AUGCCAAUGUUACAAGAUCCAUCAGUGAAAUAUAAGAAAUUUCCAAAUGUUAAUUUACCAAAUCGUCAAUGGCCAUCAAGAUCAUUAGAUAAACCACCAAGAUGGUUAUCCACAGAUUUAAGAGAUGGUAAUCAAUCAUUACCUGAUCCAAUGUCAGUUCCUGAAAAGAAAGAAUAUUUUAAAAAAUUAGUUGAUAUAGGAUUUAAAGAAAUUGAAGUUGCUUUCCCAUCAGCUUCUCAAAUUGAUUUUGAUUUCACUAGAUUUGCUGUUGAAACUGCUCCUUCUGAUGUUUCAAUUCAAGUUCUUUCCCCUUGUCGUCCUGAAUUAAUUACAAGAACUGUUGAAUCUUUGAAAGGUGCUAAAAAGGCCACAGUUCAUAUUUAUCUUGCUACUUCUGAUUGUUUUAGAAAUAUAGUAUUUGGACUUUCAAAAGAAGAAAGUAAAGAAUUGGCUGUUAAAUGUACUAAAUUAGUUAGAUCUUUAACUAAAGAUGAUCCUUCAACUGCUGGUACAGAUUGGGAUUUUGAAUUUUCUCCAGAAACUUUUUCAGAUACUGAUUUGGAUUAUGCAGUUGAAGUUUGUGAAGCAGUUAAACAAGCUUGGGAACCAAGUGAAUCAAAACCAAUUAUUUUCAAUUUACCUGCAACUGUUGAAAUGGCCACUCCAAAUGUUUAUGCCGAUCAAAUUGAAUAUUUUGCUACUCAUAUUACUGAGAGGGAAAAAGUUUGUAUUUCUUUACAUCCUCAUAAUGAUAGAGGUUGUAGUGUUGCUGCUGCCGAAUUGGGUCAAUUAGCUGGUGCCGAUAGAGUUGAAGGUUGUCUUUUUGGUAAUGGUGAAAGAACUGGUAAUGUUGAUUUAGUUACUUUGGCUUUAAAUUUAUAUACUCAAGGAGUUGCACCAAAAUUAGAUUUUUCAGAUAUAAAUUCAGUUAUUGAUGUUGUUGAAAGAUGUAAUAAGAUCCCAGUUCAUGCAAGAGCUCCAUAUGGUGGAUCACUUGUUGUUUGUGCAUUUAGUGGAUCUCAUCAAGAUGCAAUUAAGAAAGGUUUUGCAAGUCAUGAAAAGAAAAAGGAAAAAGCUGGUGGGAAAGAAGUUCAUUGGCAAUUACCUUAUUUACCAUUGGAUCCAGAAGAUAUUGGAAGAACUUAUGAAGCUAUCAUUAGAGUAAAUUCACAAUCUGGUAAAGGUGGUUCAGCUUGGGUUAUUUUAAGAAAUUUAGAAUUGGAUUUACCUCGUGGUUUACAAAUUGCAUUUUCUAAAGUUGUUCAAUCAAGAGCUGAAAUUAAAGGUCAAGAAUUAACUAAUGAAGAAUUAUGUGAAUUAUUUAAACAAGAAUAUUUCAUUGAUUAUGAUGAUGAAGCACCAGAACAAUAUUAUAAAUUAGUUGAUUAUUCUAUUUCUUCUCCAAGUAAAGGUAUUAAGAAAAUUCAAGCUGAAUUGGAUGUUAAUGGUGAAAUUGUUAAAAUUGAAGGUGAAGGUAAUGGUCAAUUAUCUGCUUUUAAUAAUGCCCUUUCUAAAUAUUUGAAUAUUGAUAUUGAUGUUAAACAUUAUCAUGAACAUUCUUUGGGUGAGGAUUCAAAUGCUAGAGCUGCUACUUAUAUUGAAGUUUCAGUUGAUAAAAAAGUUACAAGAUGGGGUGUUGGUAUUCAUACUGAUGUUUCCCAAGCUUCUUUCUUAUCUUUAAUUUCCAUCUUGAACGGUUUACAUAAAAAUAAAAACAUUUAA